UUGUUUCCGCUUUGACUGAAACAAACAUGGCAGCUGAGGGAGACGUAGAUUUGGACCUAGAAGCCGAGGAAAACUGCACCGGGAAACCGGUGGAGAAGCCUCGGAAACACGACAGCGGAGCCGCUGAUCUGGAGAGAGUCACGGACUACGCGGAGGAGAAGGAAAUCUCCAGCUCGGACUUAGAGACGGCCAUGUCAGUGAUUGGAGACAGAAGAUCACGAGAACAGAAAGCUAAACAAGAAAGAGAAAAGGAGCUGGCCAAAGUCACCAUCAAGAAGGAAGAUGUGGAGCUCAUUAUGUCUGAGAUGGAGAUCUCGAGGUCGGUGGCGGAGCGCAGCCUGAGGGAACACAUGGGGAACGUCGUGGACGCUCUGGUGACUCUGACCAACUGAACAAACCCGACACUGGACUCUUGUACUGGACCCUUCAGAACCAGCCACACUGACCUCCCACACGCUGUUCUUGUUUUAAUAAAAGCUCUUUCUUCAC